AUGUCGUCGUUUGGUCAACACUGCCAUCACAAUCUACAUAUCGCUACAAUCCUUCUUACGUUCUUGUUCUUUUGUGAUUCAGUUGUUCCGCCUGAUAUAUUCGCUGAUGUCGAUCUUUCUGAAUACAAAAAUCAGCACUACCUGGAAAUCGAGCUGGGACGAACGUUGGAAUUGAACUGUACGGCAUUAGAGGCUGUUCAGUGGAUUUUACCUGAAAACACUCAUAAUACUGGAUUUGAUUCAGACGAGGUGAAAACUCGAACGAAAGUGCUCAAUGGCUACGAUCCUGGAUUUCGGACGUUGCGAAUCGAGAAAUUGAAGCAUUCAGAUACUGGUGAAUAUGUGUGCAAAGCAGAAAGAUCGCAACUGAGCACUUCGAUUUAUGUCUAUGUCACGCCAACAAAAGGCAGUAAAUCUGUGUUUUUGAACGACCGAAAUAUAAUAUUACCGAAAUUAUUGAAUGAUGAAAUCGUUGUUGUACCAUGUAAAGUGAAUCGAUUUAUUACCAGUGGCGUUAAACUUUUCGUCAAUCAGAAGCAGCAGUUCGAUGGCUUUGAAUACGACCCUAGACAUGGAUUUUAUUUGGAGCGCGAACUGGUUAGCGAACGUUCGGAAACACCAGUUCGGUGUGAAUUCAAAGGUGAUAGAUCAGAAAUCCUGAUUGUGCCGUUAGAGGGAAAUGUGGAAAAUAAAGGAUUGCCGCAAAUAGAAGUGGCAAACGAAUGGCCUUACGAAGGCGAAGAGUAUUCAAUGAGUUGUACUUUUCACACUAAGCAAACUUAUAAGUAUGCGUUAAACUGGCAAUGUCCUUCAUGUCAGGAUGAACCCGAUCGAGUGAUUUCACAUAGAUAUGUGAAAAUAAAAGAAGGAAUACGAAAGUUAUUACUCAUAAAAGGUCUCACUGGAAGCGACAGUGGUAAAUACGAAUGCAAACUAACGAAUAAAGAUGAUCCUAAUGAUACACGAAAUGCCAUUUAUGAAUUAAACGUAUCUUCAACAAAAGGACAAAUCCGAGUGCUUGAUGCUAGCUCAGAUGUUGUAGAUGUUGAACAAGGCGAUAAUGUUAAACUUUUACUUUUGGCUAAGCCUUUUCCAUCUGAUGAAUAUAAAUCUGAAUGGAGAAAGAUUUAUAAGACAUCAUUAUCACCUGAUAUUCAGUAUUCUGCGAUCAAAGACGGUAUUGUAAAUGAACGUAAUGGUGAUAUUCACACGGAUAUCCUUACAAUCACAGAUGCGAAAGUCGACGACUCCGGAAUUUAUGAACUGAUAGCAAACGUUGGACCCGAUUUCACCUAUCGAAGAAAUUGGACUGUAAUUGUGAAGUCGGAUGAAUUAACGCCUCAAAUUCUGCUCUUUGGUGAAGUUCAGUUGGAUAUCAAUGAACCAAUCGUGUUAAAUAGUAAUAUCAUUGUUAUAUGCACCAUUCAGGAUGCCGCAAAACAAACUCCUACUCUCUAUAUCAAAAAAAAAGAAUAUAAUAAUGAAUGGCAAAUGAUAAAUGACGUUGAAAGAUUAUAUGGAUUGAGUUAUGAAUCUGCUCUGAAGUGGUCCCUUCAUAUAGAUUCCCAAACUGAUCUGAAGUGUGAGAACACUGACAAUCCAAACGAAUUCAAAGAAGUAUCACUGACUGUAACAGAAGUUGCUUUUAUAAACGCAAGCUUUGAAGUGACAAAGCCUGAUCCAACGCUCGUUGAGUUGCAAAGUGUCUAUGAAGGCGAUCAACUGAAAUUGAUCUGUUUACUGCCCAUCAAAAAGCAGUUUGACGUUUCAUGGAUUCGUGAUGGCGUUAUGUUGCCGCCUCCUCAACAAAUAAGUGAUGAUUUAUCACAAAAAUAUAUCGUUACGAUUGAUGAAGUGACUAGCUCACAGUCGGGAAUUUAUGAAUGUGUUGCAAGAUCGCAAAAUGGAUCAUCUCGUAACUAUUCACUUCCAAUUCAAAUAUACGAGGUAAUUGCACCACACAUUAACGAAUCAUUGAGCGAGGAUGAACACGAGGCAAAUUAUGGUGAAAGAACUGAGAUUGUUUGUCCAAUUGUUGGUUCACCCACACCAUCGUAUAGUUGGUUUAAAAAUGGUAAUGAAUAUAAAGGCGUCGGAAGUUUAACAAAUCGACUUGAAUUCUCAAGGGUGAUUGUUGAGGAUAAAGGCAUUUACACAUGCGUCGCAAGAAAUCGUGCUGGAUUGCAAGAUGCCACCGUAAUGCUCAGUCUACGCAAUGAGCCAGCUUAUGCCCGUUUCACUCGACAGUGGUGGCUGUUCGCGAUACCAACUUGUUUAGCGUUGAUUCUCUUGUUGAUAGCCGUCAUAUUCAUCAUAAGACAACGACGUAAGAGUCGCCUCAAAGAUGAGCAGCUACAAGCUCUGUAUAAUCAGUUGAUGGCCUCUGACGCCCAUCAGUAUACACCUCAACCGAUCGACCCCAAACAUCCACUUCAUGAACGCGUUGAACAAUUACCAUACGAUCGUCGAUUUGAGAUCAACAAAGAAAAACUUCACUUCAACCAAUUACUGGGUGGAGGUCAGUUUGGUCUAGUAUAUUUGGGUGAAUUACGUAAAGCACGUGUUAGCGAUUCAUCAGCGGCAUCUGAUGUAAUCGACGUAGCGAUUAAAGCACCGCGAGAUGGACGUAAUGUGAAUCAUCAGAAGGCACUUGCUGAUGAAUUGAAGGUAAUGAUCGCCAUUGGAACGCAUCCCAACGUUUUGUGUUUGAUCGGCGCUGUUACCAAACAAAUGUCUACUGGUCAGCUUUAUGUGGUAAUGGAAUAUUGCGAAAACAACAAUCUCAAAGAGUUUUUAUCGAAGAAUAGUGGUGGAUUUUUGGAUGAGGUGGAAACGGUGACUGAGGUUAUGACACCUGAUGGAUAUCUAUCGCCGACACACAAUGCAUCAACAUUUGCGAAUUCAAACGAAUAUUACAAGGUAUUUUCGGGAGCUGAAAAUGACGACGAAUGGGCACAGAAUGUGGACAAUGAAAGGCAACGUGGUAAAAUGAUCACCACCAGUGAUCUGAUUUCGUUCGGCUAUCAGAUCGCGAACGGUAUGGAAUAUUUGGCUUCAAGAACGUGUAUCCAUCGAGAUCUGGCUGCGCGAAAUGUGCUAGUAACCAAGCAACGAACAAUACGGAUCGCUGAUUUUGGUUUAGCACGAAAAGAUGAACGCAUUUAUCAUAUCCGUAAUAGUCAAAAUGUUCCAUUGCCGUUCAAGUGGAUGGCUUUGGAGUCAAUUUUGAAUCAUGAUUUCACUGAAGAGUCGGAUGUUUGGGCGUACGGAAUACUUCUGUGGGAAAUUUUCUCAUUGGGGCGAGUGCCUUAUCCUGAAGUUUCCAAUGAUGAUCUCAUUACUUAUUUACAAGAUGGUAAUCGUAUGGAACAACCCAGAUUCGCUACCACCGAAAUUUACAAUCUUAUGAGGCAGUGUUGGCUGCCAGAUCCUUCGAGUCGACCAACGUUCGAUGAAUGUAAAGCAGCAAUGAGAGGACAUCUUCAUCGAGCAUCUCCUGUGUUGGAUGCGAGACUGGAAAAAAUUUUCGAAGAUGAGAGACGAAUAAUGGAGCGAUAUAGCGAAUGGCGUGAUCCUUUAGAGGAUGAUGAUCUGCGAACACAAGCGACUCGCAAUGGUUUCAUUGCAGUACCUACACAAGAUCCGAAUGUUUCUGGCAAUCUGUACACACAGUUCAAUCUUUCUAAUCCUGAAUCAACUCACUUAAUAGAUCGUAGUUGA